GCCUCUUUAUAGAGCACCCCUCACGAGCUGGGGCAGACUCAGUGUUCCCCGUACCCCCUUUGCUCCUUCUGUUCACCCCACAGCGCCUGCAGCCCAGCCUCUCCAGCCUCCGAGGCGCCUUGGAGUCCUCCCGACCUCGCAGCCCGCUGGAGGACAUGGCGAGCCCUGCCUGGCUCAGGCUCCCGCGCCUAGAGACAUUGUUCACAUGGACGCUUCUGCUCGGCUGGGUCCUUGCCCAGGUGGCGGGUGCUACAGGCACUCCAGUUAGAGCAUAUAAUUUAACUUGGAAAUCAACUAAUUUCAAGACAAUUUUGGAGUGGGAACCCAAACCCGUCAAUUAUGUCUACACUGUUCAGAUAAGUGCUGGAACAGGGGAUUGGAAGGGCAAAUGCUUCUACACGACAGACACAGAAUGUGACCUCACUGAUGAGAUUGUGCAGGAUGUGCAGCAGACAUAUUCUGCAAGGGUCCUUUCCCUCCUGCCACGGGACUUAGAUACCACUGGUUCUGCCAGGGACCCUGUCCUUCAAAAUGCCCCCAAGUUUAUACCUUACCUGGAAACAAAACUUGGACAGCCAACAAUUCAGAGUUUUGAACAAGUUGGGACAAAACUGAAUGUGACAGUACAAGAUGCACGGACAUUAGUCAGAAGGAAUAACACAUUCCUAAGCCUCCGGGAUGUCUUUGGCAAGGACUUAAGUUAUAUACUUUAUUAUUGGAAAGCUGAAAGCACAGGAAAGAAAACAGCCAAAACAGACACUAAUGAGUUUUUGAUUGAUGUGGAUAAAGGAACAGACUACUGUUUCAGUGUUCAAGCUGUGAUCCCAUAUCGAACUACUAACCAGAAGAGUCCAGAAAGCCUUAUCGAGUGUACGAGCCAAGAGAAAAGUGUCUUCAAAGAAAUGUUCUUCAUUGUGGGAGCAGUGGUGUUCGUGGUCAUCAUCAUCAUCAUCAUCCUGUCUCUAUCACUGUAUAAGUGCAGAAAGGCCAGAGGAGGGCAGAAUGGGAAGGAGCACUCACCACUAAAUGUUGCAUAGAGAAGGCUUGUUGGAACUGCUGACUGAGGUACUGCUACACUGCACUGUGACCAAGAACAUUUAAGACAAUAGAAGAUACAGAAGCACAAAUGAGUACUUUGGAGCACAAAGGCCGCUGGAUCCCAAAACCUUAACAUUCUGGUUUUGACAUCAGCAUUAGUCACUUUGGAAUGUAAUGAACGGUACAACUAAUUCCAAAUCAUUUUUAUUUUAACACUAUGGCACCUUUUGCACAUAUCAUGCUUUAGAUUGUAUAUUCUACACUAAAGAAGAAACUAGGUCAUCCUAGCAGAAACAAAGGAACAGAUGCCUUAAAAUAUCCCCGGUGAAUUUGUAGAGAGCUUUUUGAGAGGCUGACUAUAAAUGCUAUAGGAAAGUAAGAUGGAAAUUGGGUGGGCUUUUCUAACAUACAUCUGUCCUUUUGUAAUAUGGUGUUUAGGUUCCUUUCUUUUUCUUUUUUGUUUUCUUCGGUUGGAGUACUUUGGGAAGUUGAAAGCAAUUGGCAAACUUAUUUUAAUAUGUUAAAUGCAGGAGACAUCUGUGUUGGACACUUUCCUAAUAUGCAUUACAGUUUAGCACUUUAACUGACUACGUGGUGUCAAUUAGACAUUUGACAGCUAACUAUAUUUUUAUAAGACUACUAUACAAAGAAACUACAUAGAGUUUAUGAUUUAAGGUACUUAAAACUUCUGUGGUUAACACUGUAUAUAUUUAUAACUUUUUUUAAAAAAGGUUUUGUAUAUGGGGAUUUUCUAUUUAUAUAGGUUCUAUUUGUAUAUAUUGAGUUAAUUUAUUUAAUGUACUUUUAUAGAAAUAAAGGUGAUUGGAAAUUGA